AUGCAGGCCAGUGGAACCAAUGAGAUCAAAUACGAGGAGGAAUACGUAACGAAUUCUCGAGGGAUGGAGCUUUUUACAUGCCGAUGGCUUCCGGCUAAGGAAAGUCCGAAAGCUUUAAUCUUCAUUUGCCAUGGCUACGCCAUGGAAUGCAGUAUCACCAUGAACAGCACAGGAACAAGGCUUGCAAAAGCAGGUUUUGCUGUUUAUGGGAUUGAUUAUGAAGGGCAUGGUAAAUCCGAAGGGACUCCUGCUCUUGUUAUGAAUUUUGAUUAUCUCAUCAACGAUUGUUCCCAACAUUUUACCUCAAUUUGUGAAAAGGCAGAGAACAAGAACAAGAUGAGGUUCUUGAUGGGGGAAUCCAUGGGAGGAGCAGUGGCACUUCUUUUGCAUAGGAAAAAACCAGAAUACUGGGAUGGGGCAAUUUUGGUUGCACCCAUGUGCAAGAUUGCAGAAGAAUUGAAACCAAACUCAAUAGUAAUUAGGGUAUUGAGUGCACUGAGCAAAGUUGCUCCGUCUUGGAGACUAGUCCCCGGACCAGACAUCACUGAUGUCGCCUUUAAAGUGCCAGAAGUCAGACAAAAGAUUAGAGCGAACAAGUAUUGCUACAAAGGAAAGCCUCGGUUGAGAACAGCCUAUGAACUUCUAAGGGUCAGUAGAGAUAUAGAGGGAAAACUGCCUGAGGUUUCACUUCCUUUUCUGAUUUUACAUGGAGAGGAAGAUCAAGUCACUGAUAAAGCAAUUAGCAAACAACUAUAUGAUGUGGCAGCAAGCACAGACAAGACACUAAAGAUGUACCCAGAUAUGUGGCAUGGUCUGUUAUAUGGAGAGCCACCAGAAAACUUGCAGAUUGUAUUCGCGGAUAUUAUUGCUUGGAUAGACAAGAAAUCAAACUUUGGAAACACGAGAUUGGAGAAAGAGCUGAAACAAGAAUAUGAACAUAAGGUUAAGUCUGAUCUUUAG